GUCCUGGUAUUCUGCUUCCUUUUCUAGGUCUGUGAUUUUUUUAGGAAAGCUGCUUUAUCUUACACAUCUCCAGCUGACAGAGUGGAAAAAACAUGACAAACAUCACUCGACAUAUUGUCACACACCUUCUGACAUUCUCGCUGCAGAACGGGGAAGUGCAGAGCGUUGAGGAAGCUCAGAACCGUCUUUCCUUCCUGGCUCAGAAUAAAAAGCUAUGGAGUCAACAGAUGUACCUGGAUGUGGGAGCAGGGGGCAUUUAUCUCAGAGACGUACAGAGUCAGGACGAGCUGGAGAGCUACGCCUUCAGAUCCAUCUUCCGCUGUCAAGCUGUUAACACAGAAAAACACUUCCCAUCCCUCCUUAUGUUAGUCUGCCAAGGUGACGAUCAGAAGAAGCCAGACAUCCACUUCUUUAACUGUGAAACGGUGAAGGCACAGCAAAUCUGCGACGAAGUCACGUUGGCAGUUUCGACUUCCACCGCCGGCAAGAGUAAGCUGCCCCCUGAUGACAGGUACACAAAUGGCGGACCUGAUAUCUCUUUCCUGCGAGCAGAGAGAGAAGUGGGGAUCCUUAAUCACUGUUUCGACGAAAUCGAGGCCUUCAUGGGCAAGCUGCAGCAGACUGCUGAAGCUGCAACGGUGCUGAACCAAAGAAAGAAGAAGAAGAAGAAAAGUAAAAAGCAAAGCGCUGAAGACGAGCUACUCGCCACAAAGGCUCGCCCUCCACCAGAUGGGGAAUUCAUUGAUAUCUUCCAGAAAUUCAAAUAUUGCUUCAGCCUCUUGGCUCGCCUGAAAUCAACCAUCACCAAUCCUUCUUCAGAGGACCUCAUUCACCAUGUGUUCAAGCCUCUGGAUAUGCUGCGUGGGCCUGUAGCUCCAUACACCCCAGUGUUCUUUGAUGGCUGGAAGCCAGAAGCCUUGAAGCCUGACGGGCAGGUUUGGGAGGAUCCGGUCGAGUCACAGCACAAACUCGAAGCCCUUCGAGAAAAACAAGAGCAACAACCACCUCAGCCACCAAACGAUGACACAAAUUCACUCCCACCGGGGCCUGACAGACUCUACUGCUGCAGUUAUGACUUCAUUGCCAGGAACAGCAGUGAGCUUUCAGUGCAGCAGGGGGAGACACUGGAGGUGAUCGAGUCAUCCAAGCGCUGGUGGAAGUGUCGCAAUCGGUUUAACCAGGUCGGCUUCGUCCCCUUCAACAUCCUGGAGCCCAUGGCUCACAUAGACAGCCCUGUCCACAACAAACCCCCCAGUGUUCCAGCUGCGCCUCCACUUUCCAAGAAUGUCACUCUUGCCCCACCCACCCCCCCUGCUCUUCCCAAAACCACCCCCACCCACUCCCCACAGCGCCCACGCAGCUUACCAUCAUACAACCAGCAUGAUGCCAGAAGGGCCACAGAGCUGGAGGCAGUCAUGGAGAAACAGAAAAUGAAGGUUGAUCUGAAGCUGGAGAGCAGUACAUUGUGAGGAACAGCGUCCACAUUGUGAAGAGCGUUACAUGAAGGACUGUGUUUUCCCGUCCCCAGAGACCGAACAUGUGGCAGUAACUUGACUAUCUAACAUUAAAUCACGGUAUUAUUACCUGAUGUUAAAACUGAGCUUUCUGUCAACAAUAUGAGACGUAGGAAUUUAAUAUAACCAGGUGCCGUGAAAACUAAAGGGGACUGAUUUUGCUUUUCCUUAUUUUAUGCCAUAUAUGUACAUUUAGUGUUUUUUGUGGAUGCUCAUAUUAAAUAUGGACACAGUUUCGAACAGCGAUCGGAGCAUGUACAAGUAAACCAGGAGUCAGAAGGUCAGAUUUCAAAGGGCUCCACCAAUUUUUAUGGAAUGUUUUUUCUACUCUUGGCUUUGUACAGUGGUGCAAAUAUGACACACCUCAGGUACACAGCUCGGGCUGUUUAAACCCUUUGGUUGCAAGGGCCAGCCAAUCAGAAGAAGGCUGGUUUAAAGAGAGGGGAAAGGGAACUAGAGUGGUUUGUUCCAGGAUGAAUUGAGG